UGCAUGAACAGACAGGUAGUAAGGUUGGUCUCUGGCUGUGUGAAUGCUCAAGUGAACUUUAGGUUCGCUUUGCUAAGUGCUCAAAGCUGGCCUGUGGCAUGUGGAGUGCGGGCAGGUGAAAAAACUCAGCGGCUGGAUCUACAGGUGCUCACUUGUACCUCGUCUUGGAUCUACGGUCGACAGCUUCUGCAUUACAGUGAGAGAUCAUCUCCACUUCAUCUGGGUGCUUGUGUGUGUAUAUAGACACUUCUAGUUUUAACUGACACGACAAAGAGGAACCUGUGGUGAAGUCCAAGUUUGACUAGCUGUGGUUUUCCUUGGGUGGAGGAGCUGUUCUGCGGUCGUCUCUCUGGUCACAGACGGCCUGAUUCCUCAGAGGUGAUGGUGGGUGGCAGGGCCGUCACUGUGCGCCCGCACAGGCGCCUGGAGUGAAAGUGUCACAGUGCAAACAUGGAAUUCCUCAAGAGCCUUGUUCCCACGGUCAUCUCCGGGGAUGGCGGGCUGCCGGCGACGGACGUGGGGGGAGUGUGGCCGCGGGAGACCGGCCCUCGCUUGCUGAGGAUGAAGAGGCUGGUUUCACAGGCCAAUGAAGAGGAGCAUGAUGGAUCCAGUCUGUCUAGCAGGCCGGCUGUCCGUCUUCAACGACAUCGUGCCAAAGCCUCGGUCCCUGUAAGCAACAGCAGUGUGAGUAGGCGAGGAACAUCCCCCUCAGCCCUGGCCAGCUGGGAGAAGCGUAGCAUCCACCCCGCCACCAUGUCCAGCAUCACCAUCGACCCCGAGCUCAAGCCUGGAGAGUUUGUCAUCAAGAGCCUCUUCGCAGAGUUUGCUGUACUCGCCGAGAAGAAGAUCGAGGUGGUCAUGGCUGAACCACUGGAGAAGCUCCUUUCCCGCUCACUGCAAAGAGGAGAAGAUGCACAAUUUGAUCAGUUAAUAAGCUCUAUGAGCUCCAUAGCAGAACACUGUUUGCCUUCGCUGUUGCGGACGCUGUUUGACUGGUACAGAAGACAGAGCGGGACAGAAGACGAGUCGUACGAGUACAGACCUCGCUCCAGCACCAAGUCCAAAGGAGAUGAACAGCACCGGGAUAAAGACUACCUACUGGAGCGAAGAGACUUAGCCAUAGACUUCAUUUUUUGUCUAGUUUCAGUGGAAGUUUUGAAACAGAUUCCCCUUCAUCCCGUGCCAGACGCCUUAGUACAAGAAGUCCUUAACCUGGCAUUCAAGCACUUUAAACACAAAGAGGGAUGCACCCUGGACAAAUACAAACCUGAUAUGCCGUCAAACAACAGCAUCCGUAAGCAGAUUGAGACCCUGCAGAGCCCAUCUCUCCCUCUGGAGCGAUCUCCUCUCUGGACCGUUCUGCAUGUGGUGGAGGGUCUGGCUCUGGUCGUGCUGUGCAGCUGUCGACCAGCAACACGCAGACUUGCUGUCAAUGUCCUCAAAGAAGUCCGAUCACUGCACACGGCCCUUGGCAUUGCUAAGGGAGAUGAGGAGUUGGCUAUAGACGUGAUGGACAGAUUGAGUGCUUCAGUCCUCGAGAGCUUUAUUCACCUUACUGGGGCCGAUCAGACAAAUCUGCUGUACUGUCCCAGUGGAAUAGACCUUCAGACUCUGGCAGAGUGGAGCUCGUCUCCUAUCAGCCACCAGUUUGAUGUGGUAAGCCCCUCCCACAUAUGGGUGUUUGCCCAUGUGACACAAGGUCAGGACCCCUGGGUCAUCAGCCUGUCUAGUUACCUGCGGCAAGAACACCUGCCCAAGCACUGCCCCACUGCGCUGAGCUACGCUUGGGUCUUCGCCUCCACACGCCUUCAGCUGCUCUCGCCACAAGUCGACAUCAACAGCCCGAUCAAUGCUAAGAAGGUGAACAGCAUGAGCAGUAGUAGUGACUCAUAUGUGGGCCUUUGGAGGAACUACCUAAUCCUCUGCUGCAGUUCUGCCACCUCUUCCACAUCUUCAUCCUCUUCUUCCUCAUCAGCCCCUGGCUCUGUACGCUGCUCCCCACCUGAAACGCUGGCAUCCACCCCAGACAGCGGAUACAGUUAUGACUCAAAGAUCAUUAGCAUUCCGUCCCCUUCCUCCUUGUUCAAGCAUGUGGUUCCCAUGAUGCGCUCUGAGAGCAUGGACAUCACGGAGUCUCUCGUCCUGGGGCUUGGCAGGACCAACCCUGUUGCCUUCAGAGAGCUGUUGGAGGAGUUAAACACCAUCAUUAAAGAAGCGCUGGAGAGAAGGCCAGAGAACAUGAAGCGACGCCGGCGUCGUGACAUUCUCAGAGUCCAGCUGGUCCGGAUUUUUGAGCUACUGGCCGAUUCAGGAGUCAUCAGUCAGAUUGCAAGUGGUGGUCUGGACGGGGAGUCUCACUAUCUGAACAGCACUCUGCUGGAAUACGUGGAUCUCACCCGACAGCUUCUGGAGGCUGAGAACGACAAAGAUUCAGACACACUGAGAGACAUCCGCUCUCACUUCAGUGCCCUAGUGGCCAACAUCAUACAGAAUGUACCAGUGCAUCAGAGGAGGAGUAUAUUCCCUCAGCAGUCACUGAGACAUAGUUUAUUUAUGCUCUUCAGUCAUUGGGCUGGACCCUUCAGCAUCAUGUUCACACCUCUGGACCGAUACAGCGACCGCAACAUGCAGAUCAACAGACACCAGUACUGUGCACUAAAGGCCAUGUCUGCAGUGCUGUGUUGUGGUCCGGUGGCUGAUAACGUUGGCCUGUCCUCUGAUGGGUAUCUGUAUAAGUGGUUGGACAACAUUCUAGACUCUCAAGACCGCAAGGUGCAUCAGCUGGGUUGUGAGGCCGUGAUGUUGUUAUUAGAGUUGAACCCGGACCAGAGCAAUCUGAUGUUCUGGGCGGUGGAUCGCUGCUACACUGGCUCACGCAGAGUCGCUUCAGGCUGCUUCAGAGCCAUCGCUAAUGUCUUUCAUAACAGGGAUUACCAGUUUGACUCUGUGGUUUUGCUGAAUCUCAUCCUGUUUAAAGCUGCUGACUCUUCCAGAGACAUCUAUGAGGUCGCCAUGCAGCUACUGCAGAUCCUGGAGCCCAAACUGUUCCGUUACGCCCAUAAACUGGAGAUCCAGCGUACCGAUGGGGUCUUGUCUCCAGCCUUCCCUCUCCCUCACCUGUACUCAGUGUCCUACUACCAGCUCAGUGAAGAACUGGCACGGACCUACCCUGAACUCACCCUUCCCAUCUUCUCAGAGGUGAGUCAGAGAAUCCAGACAGCGCACCCUGGUGGCCGGCAGGUGAUGCUGCAUUACCUCCUACCCUGGAUGAACAACAUAGAGCUGGUGGACUGCAAGCCUUCAGCACGACGUCAAGAGGAACCUCCAUCAACAGAGGAAGAGGAGGACGCCCAUGAGAGAGAGAUGAUGAUGGUGAACAGCCGUCGCUGGCUGAGAGGAGAGGGCUGGGGUUCACCACAUGCCACUACCAUGAUCCUCAACAACCUCAUGUUCAUGACUGCAAAGUAUGGUGAUGAAUUUGCAUGGUCAGAGAUUGAGAACGUCUGGACCACUUUAGCUGACAGCUGGCCUAAAAAUCUAAAGAUCAUCCUGCACUUCCUCAUCAGCAUGUCUGGAGUUAACAGUGAACCAAGUCUCCUUCCUUAUGUGAAGCGUGUAGUGGUGUAUCUGGGCAGGGAUAAGACAAUGCAGCUGCUGGAGGAGUUAAUGUAUGAGCUGGAGCUAACUGACCCUGUAUCCUCAGCUGUCACUCAUAUGGAUAACCCACCUUACUACCGCAUUACUACUUCUUACAAGAUCCCUUCUGUUACAUCAGGGACAACGUCCAGUAGUAACACCAUGGUACCUGGACCUGAUGGACACCAUGAGAGCAAAAUCAAAGAUUCCAAUAUGGAGGACAGUUACACUCAUUUGGACAUCUACACUGGUCUAAACAGUAAUCUGAACAGACAGCACCAUCGGCUGGAGUCCCGUUACAGCAGCAGCUCUGGAGGAUCCUAUGAGGAGGAGAAGAGUGACUCUAUGCCUGUCUAUGCUAACUGGCGUCUAAAGGUGAUGGACCAUAACCGGCCAGAGCCCCUCCCAUUUCCUCCCACUGGCGGCUGCUGGUCACCACUAAUCGAUUACCUGCCUGAGACCACCACACCUGGAGUCUCCCUGCACAGGUGUAACAUUGCUGUGAUCUUGCUGACUGACCUCAUUGUAGACCACGGGGUCAAAGUGGAAUGGAGCUCAUACCUUCACCUGCUACUGCAUGCCAUCUUUAUAGGCUUUGACCAUCAGCACCCAGAGGUCUAUGAGCACUGCAAGCGUUUACUGCUUCACCUGCUGGUCGUCCAGGGCACCAACAGCAGUGUCCAGUCACUAGCAUCUGUACUUCUUCGCAACCGUGAACUGAAUGAGCCCAGAGUUCUGACAGUCAAACCCACUCUUCAGGAGUUCAACCUCACAGGUGUUACAGAGCUGAUGCCAGACUACCAGCCGUCUCCAAUGACAGACUCUGGCCUGAGCUCCAGCUCCACAUCCUCUAGUAUCAGUCUGGGCAGCUCAGUGCUGCCUCACCUCCCUCCUACUCUCCUUAACGAAGUGGACCUGUCUGCAGAGCAGGACGAGAAGGUCAAAAACCUCAUCGAGUUCAUCAGCUCAAGGAAACGUGGUCCGCUGUGGAACCAUGAAGACGUCUCUCCCAAAAACCCCAACAUCAAAAGUGCUGAUCAGCUUAGUGUAUUCCUUCGCCAUGUUGUCAACGUCUUCAAACAAACACCGUCCGGUUACCAGUUGGAGCGGGAACUGAGUGAAGUUGCUCUGCAGACAGCUCUGUCCUGCUCAUCGCGGCAUUACGCUGGUCGCUCUUUCCAGAUCUUCAGAGCACUGAAACAGCCACUCACAGCCUCCACACUGUCAGACGUGCUUUCUCGUCUGGUAGAGACUGUGGGAGAUCCAGGGGAAGAGGCUCAGGGUUUUGUUAUCGAGUUACUGUUGACACUAGAGGCUGGUAUAGAUACUCUUGCUGAAACAAUGAAGAGCUACGACCUGCUCACUGCACUCUCACAGGCCUCCCAUGAUCCUCUGCAGGGCACCAAAUUUGCCAAUAACAGGAAAAGUACCGGUCAGCUGAACCUUGGCAGUGGAAGUUUCUUGCAUGUCCAUUACAGCCACGCUCGCAGCAACUCACUCCGUGCCAGUCUGAUGGGUGAACGCCUGGGAAACCGUCACCGCAGCAAUACCCUCGAUGUACCCGACCGACUGGGUGGCAGCCACGGAAAUCUAGCCCGCACACGGAGCUUAUCAUCAUUACGAGAGGAUGGUGUUCGUGGUGAUGGAGGAGGUGGGGGUGGAACUGGAGGAGGAUCUGGUGAGGUGGUGCCACCAGCUGACCCCACCAACCUGAUGGCAACGGUCUUCUGGAUUGCAACGUCGCUGCUGGAGUCCGAUUAUGAGUUUGAGUACUUGCUGGCACUCAGGCUGCUGAACCGACUGCUGGCCCAGAUGCCCCUGGAGAAGCCGGACAGCAGAGAGAAGCUGGAGAGAGUGCAGGCCAAACUGAAGUGGUACAACUUCCCCGGCCUGCUGACGCUCUUCCUGAAGGGUUUCACUUCAGCUGCAACACAGGAGCUCACGAUUCACCUCCUCAGUAAACUCAUCACUGUGUCCCGACACACACUCAUAGACCCCUCACAGCUAGCAGGUUUUCCUCUGAAUGUCCUGUGCCUGCUGCCACACCUGGUCCAGCACUUUGACAACCCCACAGGGUUUUGUAAGGAGACUGCUGAUCGGAUCGCCAAAGUGUGUGCUGAAGAAAAGUCAGCCACACUGGCCAACCUGGCACACAUGAUGAGCUUGUACUCAACGCACAGUUACUCGAGAGACAGCACCAACUGGAUCAACGUGGUGUGCCGCUACUUGCACGACUCCUUCUCUGAAAUCACCUUUAACCUGGUUACAUACCUAGCUGAGCUAUUGGAGAAGGGCCUGAACAGCUUGCAGCAGUCUUUGCUACAGAUCAUCUACAGUCUACUGAGUCACAUUGAUCUGUCUGCUGCUCCUGUCAAACAGUUCAAUUUGGAAAUCAUGAAGAUCAUUGGCAAAUAUGUACAGAGCCCGUACUGGAAGGAGGCCCAGAACAUUCUGAAGUUAGUGGUGUCCCGCUCUGCAAGUCUGGUGGUUCCUGAUGAGGUGCAGCGCUCCUACAGCAUGGAGUCCACCGGCUCCCCGGAGAUCGCUUUUACUCGCAUAUUCAACAACUCAUCUAAAGAACUGCCAGGAAAAACGCUGGACUUCCACUUUGACAUCUCCGAGACGCCUAUUAUAGGUCACAAGUAUGGAGACCAGCGAAGUGCAGUGGGGCGUAAUGGAAAACCGCAGGUAAUUGCCGUGACAAGAAGCACCUCCUCUACUUCCUCUGGCUCCAAUUCAAAUGGGCUGGUGCCAGUCAGCUGGAAGAGGCCACAGCUCUCACAGAGAAGAACACGGGAGAAACUGAUGAACGUCCUGUCUCUGUGCGGUCCAGAGUCUGGCAUGCCUAAAAACCCCUCUGUGGUGUUCUCUUCAAAUGAGGAUUUAGAUGCAGGUGACCAACAGACCAGUCUGAUCCCCACUGUAGAGGAAGUGACACGGGAGGAGGAACUGCAAGCAGAAGAUGCAGGAAGUGAACAGCAGUUUGGUGUUUUCAAGGACUUUGACUUCCUGGAUGUUGAGUUGGAGGAUGGAGAGGAGCUUCAGGGGGAGAGCAUGGACAACUUCAACUGGGGUGUGAGGCGUCGCUCUCUGGACAGCAUUGAAAAAGGUGACACCCCGUCUCUGCAGGACUGCCAGUAUUGCGGCAGCACACCCAGUCUCAUCCAGCCGGAGGACACCGAUGAGUCAUCUGAGGAGGAGGUACUGAGCGCUAGCCAGAUUCUCACCCGCUCCAACCUACUUAAUAGUGAUUCAGCGACGGAUGACGCCAUAUCCAAUCAUAUGGACUCCCUCCAGCAGUCGCAAGAGUCCUCCAGUAGUGUCCUGACAGAAGAGGCCACGCCCACCCCACCACUGCCCCACCCAGACAGUCCCACCCCUGAGACCACCCACUCUGACAGCAAUAGCAGCCAGCUGCCUGAGGAUGCCAGUGUAACUGCAGCAGAUGAAUUGAGCAGCAGUGUCAGUGAUGAUACGGGGUUUGGCAGUGCUCCUCCUUUACCCUCAGACCCCCCUGAGCUCUGUGACUUACCUGACUCCCAGGACCCCACCGACGACCUGGACCCAGCGCCCCCUCCGCCACCAGCUGUGGACAGCCCGCCUGGAUCCCUCUUUGAUGAUGAGCCGGUGCUGCCACCCCCUGUCAUAGACUCCACCUUGGACUCCAUGUGUGAGGAGGAGACUGUUCUGCCCCUUGCUCUGGACUCGGCCCCCGAUUCAGUAUGUGAGGAGGACGUGACACUGGCUCUGAAAGAGCUAGAUGAUAGGUGCGAGGAAGAAGAGGCUGAUUUUUCCAGCAUGUCCAGUCAAGAUGAGGGCGAUGCAGAUGGCUUUCCUGAACUGCAGGCCUCUCCACCUCCGUCGCCCUUUCUUUCGGCUAUUUUGGCAGCAUUCCAACCCGUAGCCUAUGAUGAUGAGGAGGACGCCUGGCGUUGCCAUGUUAACCAGAUGUUGUCGGACUCGGAUGGGUCUUGUGCUGUUUACACCUUCCAUGUGUUCUCACGACUCUUCCAGCACAUUCAGAGGAAAUUUGACUCGGUUACCCAUGCCUCAGUAAGAUUCCUUAGCGAGGGGCUCCAACGAAUGGGAAACCAGUUCCUGAGCUCUCUAGAGGUCAUGACCUCCUGCUCCCAGUGCCCUACAGUCCUACUUGAUGCUGAAACUCUGGUUUCCUGUGGGCUCUUGGAGACUCUGAAGUUCAGUGUGUUGGAGUUACAAGAGCAUCUGGACACUUACAACAGCAAGAGAGAAGCAGCCGAACAGUGGUUGGAUAACUGCAGAAAGACCUUCGGUGAUAAAGACAGUAACCAGCGACCCAACAAUCAAGCUCAGCAAAUGGAAAUGCUAGCAGAGCUGGAGUUGUGUCGACGGCUGUAUAAGCUACAUUUCCAGCUCCUGCUGCUCUUUCAGGCCUACUGCAAACUCAUCAGCAGAGUGGACACCAUCAAGAGAGAGGCAGAGGUGACUAACAUGUCAGAGGAGCUGGCCAUAUUAGAGAGCUGUCUGAAGGAGGCGGAGUCAGUAGAUGAUGGACAGGAGGGAGUGGGCGAGUUUGAAGUGGACCAGUCAAGCACAGAGACAGCCAUCCACUCACUCAUCGAGAGCCUUAGAGCACGGGACUUCAGCACAGCCAUCGCUCAAGUUAAAGCCUUCAGGUGCCUGUGGCCUAAUGACAUAUUUGGCAGCGAGAGGGAUGAUGCGGUGCAGACGCUGCUGCACAUUUACUUCAGGCACCAGACUCUGGGUCAGACGGGGUGUUUGGCCGUGGUGGGCCCCAGCAGGGAUCUUUCUCAGGCCAGCGCGCGCCUCAUGGAGCUCAACCUUCAGAUCCGCGAAGCUCUCUGCCAGGCUGCCAUGCACCCACACACCCACCAGACGCGCAUCCUGUCCCCGACCCCCACGGCCCACAUCCAGACGCAAAUCGACACGCAAAACACAGUCCUCAGCACUGGACUGUGAGAGCUUCACGAACUCGACUCUCUUCCUCCGAGGCGGCGGGUUUGGAGAUUAUUCACGUAGACUUCACCUCAAAGGGCUAAAGAAUGUGUGGAUAUUAGUUACUCGGAACUAUUAUGCACGUACCAUGUUUUUCCUUCCCCCUUUCUCCAGUAGUUUAACUUCUCCAGGUGUAGAAAAAGUACGAAGAACAGGACUGGUCAAGAACCAUUAGGAGGGACACUGGGCGAUAAUGAUGCUAAAUUUGAAGCUUUUUGGCGGAAUGACCUAUGACCUCUAAGCGGUGUCCUUUUAGAGUGAUCCACAUCCGUCUGCCCCACUAUUCACUGGGGCAGAGAUGGGAUUUGGAGCAUUAUUGUGAGAAUCAGAGUAUCGCGGUGGAUCAGCGAGACUGUCGCAUCGUCGAUCGCAAAAAGCAUGCUUGAAAGAGAAGCCUGCAACAAAUAUUUUUUUGAGAAAUUUAUUUUUUAACAGUCUUAGGUUGUAAAUGUUAGAAUAUUUAACAUGUAAUUGUAAGCUGGGGGGCUGUACCCUCCGUAUAAAGAGAGGUUUAUCUGUUUAACUUUAUUGACCUGCAUCAGAGAGAACUUUCAGCUUUCACUGGGCCGCUCUUACAAAACCCUUAAUCUAUAACCAAAUAAGUAGCUGCCUGUAGGAAACCAUAGACUCUUGUGUGUGUGUGUGUGUGUGAGGACGAGUGCGAGCGUUUGCGUGCUAGUGCGUUUGACAUGAACUGAUAUUUGCACACUCGUUCUCUCUCUUACAUGCACGUUAACCAACCUAGAUGCACAGGUGAAGUGCGAACUGGCUGCAACUCAUGGAAAUAUCAAUAACUUAUUUUACUCUGUAUAUAUUUUAGAAAAUGUAUAGUGUAAAAGCAGUAUUUUUCCUUGUACAUUUGUGUAAUGCACUGUUCAAUCAGAGAGAGCUCAGCAGAGGGUAACGACUAAUGCAAAAAAAAAAUAGCGAGUUGAAUAGCUGUUGGGAUGUAAGUCACAGGCUGCCCUUUCCUUUAUGAUAAUACGCCACCUUAAUCUUCAAUAUUUCCUGACAAACCAGCUCAGCUUCUCGGACGAGUUUUUCCAUAUGCAUUCCUUGAUACCCACUGUGAUCUCCAUGUUGGCUCAAAGUCCCCCACUGAGGCCCCUGCUGAGGGGAAACUGGGGCCUAGUGUUUGUCCAUGUUGGCUCUGUCUUAACCCAGGGCUGCACUGAGGGUUUGUGGGCUCUGUGCUUCUCUUGCCGAACUUCAAGAGACAAAGCGAUGUCCUGAAAGCAUUAACCGCAAAAAUAGGGAGGGAGGGAGGGGGCGUUUAAUCUGUCAUGGCACAUUGAGAAAUAAAACGUUCACUGUAUUCAUUCCUCUGGGAGAUCUCUUCUGUUGCUUGUUUGGUACAUUUUGAAUGCUGUUCUUAAUUAUUUAAUGGAUAUAUUAUUUACCUUGAAAAAUAGUUUUUAUCUAGAGGUGCAUUAUCCCAUUUUUUUUCCUCCCUUUUGCAUUUCUCUGCAUUUUGUCAUCUGAUUUAUCUGCUUUUCCCUGUACUGUUAAAUAAAAACCUGAUUAUAAGCAA